AUGGAACCUUUUCUUGUCGACAAUCUUACGACAGAGCGCCUCCGUCUGCGCGACUUCACUCCAAACGACACCUUACACAUCCACUGCUUAGAGUCCCUACCUGAAAUUGUUCAGUAUCAACUUUAUGAACCCAUGACAGCAGCCGAUGCAGCAAAAUACGUAGAAAGAGCCCUCGAUAGCCUACAUGCUAACCCACGUGCGGUGUUGGAGUUGAUUGUCGAGCUGAAGGACUCACAGCAGUUCAUCGGCCGUGUGGGCAUGAGUAUCAGCCAUGAGAAACUACAUGGGGACCUGUGGUUCUCGUUCUUGCCUGCGGCACAGGGGCAUGGGUACGCCGCAGAGGCCGUACAGGGUUUACUUUCGCUUGUUCCAAAGCUGAAUAGCCUGGGGAUCGAAUGCGACCCAAAGAACGCGGGAUGCAGAAAAUUGGCAACCAGGUUAGGCUUUAAAGAGGUGCGGUCAGUUGAGAAGAUGUUUAAGUCGAAAGGCCAGUGGGUUGGUUCAGUUGAGUAUGAGAAGCGGUUAGAGCAUUGA